AAAUUUAUUUCUGGUUGUCCAGAUGUGGAAGACUAAUCGGAGAAUGAUACAGCCAUGAUUCGAUCGGCAAGCGAUCCAAAUAGAAGGCCGUCGGCUCAGGUGACCCGUACAUACGGUACAAAACGGUGACAGAGCUGUAAAUCGCAGCUAUGGACACGCAGAAGAAGUAUCUGUGCCCCCGCUUGGUGGAUUAUCUCGCCAUUGUGGGGGCCAGAUUGCCUGCAGUCUCUCGGCAGCCUGUGCAGGUUCCAGAAUUGUUGCGGAGAUAUCCAGUGGAGGAUCACAAAGAUUUUCCACUGCCUCUGGACAUGGUUUACUUCUGCCAACCGGAGGGUUGCACCAGCGUGGGCCCUAAACGCACAGCCUUGCGAGAGGCCACCUCCUUCACCUUCACUCUCACGGACAAGGACUCUGGGAAGACUCGCUACGGGAUCUGCGUGAACUUCUAUCGGCCAAUAGAGAGGGUAGGAGCCGCGGUCGGGGGUGGAGUGAACGUCAGAAGAGACAAAUACAAUACAACGUUCAGGAGGGAGAGCUGGAGGAAGAGCAUGGAAAAGAGCACGGACUCUGCCUUUUCUAGGUGAAAUAUAACACAUCAUUUUAUUACUACCUACCUCGAAAUUCAGCGAGUGAAGCAAAAACCUCCCCUAGUCUACUAAUUAACCCUUUGCAGACGACGACUUUUUAAGCCGGAUGAGGUAGCAGGACAAGGCGAUUUUCGCGAAUGCGUUGAGUGACUUACGUGAUACAAUAAAAUGAUCUUAUAUACAAAUUAUCUUUUAAAAACGUUAUACUUCGAUUGUUUAUCUAUAUUUACAUCUUUAAAACUAUGUAUAUAUUACGUUAUAAAGCGUUACGAACUAUUCACGAUACGUUCUAAAGUAUUAACCAAGAUGCAUUCGUGGUUUAUCUGGGCAUGUAUCACAAUAAUACGUCGUCUCAUGUCUUCCACCUGGUUUGUUACGGGUCGAACACAAAAUCACAAAACAAAUUCUUUUGAUGCUUUUGCCACACUCGCCAAGUCUCAAUUGAAUUCGGAACCAUUGCUAGAGCCACACUCUUUGGAAAACCUUUUAUUAUCUUAUCUCUGUUACGACGUAUUAUUUCACACAUCCUAUACGGGGUGUUCAAAAAAAAGUAUUCAAU